CAGACAGGGAAAACGACGACCCCGGAGAGCCUAGGUGACGAGCUCGACCUCAGCAGCCCACCCCUGCCGAAGCUGCGGUACUCUCUGCUAAUGACAGGGUGGGUUUCAUCACAAAAAGAGCAAAGAGGUAAACUGACGGAAGGACUCCGUGAUAUAGACUCGGCUGUGGACUGUUUCUUGCCAUGCUGGACACGUCCAUCGUCGCCACGAGCCUGCACACAAUCGCGGCCGAGUUCCAGGAGCUGGAGCGUAUCAACUGGGUGCCGCUGGCCUACACGCUGACCUUCCUCAGCUGCGCGGUGCUGUUCGCGCGCAUCUCGGACGUCGUCGGCCGGCGCGCGGCCUUUUUGACCGCCUACAUCAUCUUCAUCGUCUUCUCGCUGGCGUGCGGCUGGGCCAAGAGCCUUGACCAACUGGUUGCCUUUCGGGCGCUGCAGGGGAUUGGCGGUUCCGGCCUCUACAGUAUCACCAUGAUCGUGAUGCCCGAACUCACGCCAGACGGGAAGAAAAAGAUCAUCGCAGGCAUCGUCGGCAUCGUCUUGGCAACUGCCGGCGUGCUGGGCCCAGUGCUGGGCGGAGUGCUGACGCAGUACGCGAGUUGGAGAUGGGUUUUCUGGAUUAACGGUCCCAUCGGCGGCGUUUCUGCCAUGCUCUUUUACCUGUCCUGGCCCGAAAAGAAAUAUCUCCCGCCGCUUGAGCGGAGACUUUGGAGGGAGGUGGAUUUCCUUGGCUCGUUCCUGUUGGUAGCAUCGGCAGUCUUGAUCGUCUUCUCAUUUCAGAAUUCCGGAUCCGAGGGCGGGACGUGGAGGGAAGCCGUGUUCAUAGCGCCGCUCGUGACAGGCGUUGCAAGCCUGGUGGCGCUCUUCGCAUGGCAGUUCUACCUGGAACGGCGGUGGGGUGACAAGAUGGCGGCGGCGAUUCCGCUCGCGCUCCUGCGCAACAAGGCGUUCACGGCGGGCAUGCUGACGACCAUGGCCGCGGGGUUCCCGUACAUGCUCUCGGUGUACGUGUUCCCCAUCCGGUUCCAGAUCGUCAACGGUAAGAGCGCGCUGGACGCGGGCCUCAUGCUGCUCCCCAUGCUAGCGGCGACGGCUGUGGGCAGCGCGCUGGGUGGCUUCUUCAACGACAAGAAGAAUCGGCUCGCCGAGACCAUGGUCGCGGCGUGCAUCAUGAUGAUCAUCGGCUGCGCGCUCGAGACGACGGCGUCGAGCGACCCCAGCCUCGAGCCAAAGGUGCUCGGAUUCCUAGUCUUUAUCGGGCUGGGCUUUGGGCUGUCGGCUACGGGUUCGACCAUGCUGGCAGCCACCGAGUCGACGAUUCAGGAACAUGCGUCGGCACAGGGACUUGUAGCGCAGGUGCGCAUUCUCGGGGGCAGCAUAGGCAUCGCGGCAUCGUCGGCCAUCUUGGGGGUCAAGAGCAAGGCGGCGGUGGAAGCGGGGGCCGUGUCGGCGUCGCAGCUCUCGCACGUGUCGUCCGAGGCAGCGAGCGUCUCGCCCGAGCAGUGGGCCGUCAUCCGGGGCGUAUACACGGACACGCUGAAAGAGGGCAUGACGGUGGGCUGCAUAGUGCUCGCCGCCGGGGUUGUAGCGUCGCUCUUUGUCUACAGCCGCAGCCGCGUCCCCAUCGAGGAGAAGUUCCGCCAGCGAUAUCGCGAGGAGGCAGAGAGGCGGCAGCGCACGGCAGCGAAGCCUUUGUCGCCGUAUGUACCGGCCGAGGCGGUUGUAUAGGGAUGGGAGAUGAAAAUAAAUAACAAUAAAAAUAAAAAGGUACUGGGCAGGUAUGGGAGUCACCAGAAGGGUUGGUUUGGUAUAGAGCAGGCGUUUAGACAAUUUUAGAUUUAUUAUUUAAUUAGGUACGGGUAUUAUACCUCUAAUUCUAGGAAUAACAUGAAAUUCACCCUCCGCACUCUUCAAUUUCGGCACUACCUAUAG